AUGUUUGCUGGAACACUCAUCAAAGAAAAAGUUGAUGGUCUCUAUGAUGCUGAAUGUCGUUAUGCGGCGGCUGGGUAUUUUUUGUACACACUUCCGUCGGUUAUAUUUCCCGACAGUAAGGGUAACCGGGUGAAUGUCAACCUUCUUCAACUUUUGGAUCCUUUGGAAUAUGUGAACAAGUACUCUUGGGGGACUGCCAUGGUUGCAUAUUUGAAUGGUCAGUUAUCAACCGCAACUCGGGAACGAUCUUCUCAAAUCCAUGGGAAUACGGCUCUACUCCAGGUGUGGAUUUACGAUCGUUUCCCUUCAUUGAUCAAAGACAAUCCCGACGUCAUAAUCAACCCGGGAUGGAACAAAACUAAACCAAGAGGGACUCGAUACUUGUACACUGGGUGUCAGGAUAAGGAACAAAAAGAUGCUUUGUUAGAAUCGCGCCAAAAAUUGGACAACAUCACAGUUGCAGAAGUAGUCUUUGAUCCUUAUAAGAAUGAUCGGGUGAGUGCAAUGGAAGAUGUUGUGUAUUACACUGGCCCUCUGUUUUACCCUUACGGCUUUUCAAUGUACAAUCCUAUGAGAAUCAUGCGUCAGCUUGGGUAUAUUCAAGAUUCACCUGUACCUGAUUAUGAACCGCGAUUCAAGCACAAGUUAGACAAAUGUGAGUCUAACGAGGCGGAAUUAGUGGUUGUUUACGAACCUGAACCUAAGACCAAGCAUUGGGAUGACAGGCACAAGCAUGAUAGCAAGAUAGACAUCUCUUUUUGGGAGCAUGUGAAUGAAGGUCACGAGUCCACAACAGAUUACUUGGAAUGGUAUGAACGCUUCUCUGACCCUCGGGUUAUCCGGAUAGAUCCUCCUGGCACUCGAAGGAGCAACAAGGAAUCUUCAUCGGCUUCUACAUCUGACACCAGAGAUGAUCCCACCAUUCUUAAUCUUUCGAGGGAACGAAUGAAGAUUCUUAUCAAGGCAUUUUGUUGCACGGCCGAGAUAUGA